AUGUCGACCCAGGCAGCAGGGAACCAGACCUCCUCCGGGGCCACAGACGACGAGGACUCCUACGGCAGCUGGUACAUCGACGAGCCCCAGGGUGGCCAGGAGCUCGAGCCGGAAGGGCUGGUGCCCUCCUGCCACCCCAGCGUGCCACCUGGCCUCUACCACGCCUGCCUGGUCGUGCUGUCGAUCCUCGUGUUGCUGCUGCUGGCCAUGCUGGUGAAGCGCCGCCAGCUCUGGCCCCACUGUGGGCACGGCAGGCCUGGGCUCCCCAG